AUGGCAAAAUCAUUUGUUGGGCAUCCAUAUGCGGGUCGAUUGAGUAAAGAUGAGAAGAUUCUUGUUGCUGAUAUGACGAAGUUCAUGGUGAAGCCAAGAAAUAUUCUUUUGGAGUUGAAGGAGCGCAAUGCCAACAGUUAUACAACAAUCAAACAAAUUUACAAUGCCAAAAAUGCUUAUUGUUCUUCCAUAAGAAAGAGUAACACCAAAAUGCAACAACUCACAAUGCUGCUUGACCGAGAUCAAUAUAUUCACUGGCAUAUGAUGAAGGAUGAAAAUGUUGUAUGUGACUUGUGUGAAUGUAUGUAUACAUGA